AAAAAACGCCGCCACCACGGCCAUGGACGAGCAUGGCCCCGGCGGCGAGUGCCGCCGCCUCAAGCAGUCUAUAAUUCUAAGACCAAUACCUGCGUUGGGCAUCGCAGCGAUUCUCAUUUUUUUGCUCACGACGGCCCUCCACACUCCCAGUACGGUACAGGAUGGACCCGUCACGGAGCACGUCAUCCAGGGCGUCGUGAAAUCGGCCGUGGUCGAAGAGGUCGCGGCGAUGCGCGCGCAAGCUACGAGAGGAGGAGCCACCGGCUACCCCCCGGUCAAGAAAUUACACAGCACGAAGAAGCUGAGAGUGCUCAUUACGGGCGGCGCCGGGUUUGUUGGUAGCAACUUGGUAGAUAAAUUGAUGCGAGAAGGCCACGAGGUCACAGUACUGGACAACUUGUUUACGGGACGGAAAAAAAAUAUCGAGCACUGGCUCGGGCACCCGAAUUUCAAUCUAGUUAUAGGUGAUGUAGUAGAACCGGUCAUGCUCGAGGUCGACCAGAUUUAUCACCUGGCCUGUCCCGCUUCUCCCCCACAUUACCAGUACAACCCCAUAAAAACCAUCAAAACAAGUACCGAGGGUACUCUUAAUAUGUUGGGCUUGGCGAAACGAGUCAAAGCUAGAAUAUUAUUAGCAUCAACAUCGGAGAUCUACGGCGACCCCGAGGUCCACCCGCAACCGGAAUCGUACUGGGGCCACGUGAAUACCAUAGGACCGAGAGCCUGUUACGACGAGGGCAAGCGCGUCGCGGAGACGAUGAUGUACGCCUACCAGCGGCAGGGUGGGGUUGAGGUGAGAGUGGCGAGGAUCUUCAACACCUUUGGGAGACGCAUGCACCCGAACGAUGGGCGAGUUGUGUCGAAUUUCAUCAUCCAAGCCUUGCAGAACAAAGAUAUCACGCUGUAUGGCGACGGCUCCCAGACGCGCUCGUUCCAGUUCGUGGAUGACUUGGUGGACGGCUUGCACGCGCUCAUGAACUCGAAUUAUUCAUUACCAGUCAACCUGGGCAAUCCCGACGAGUACACGGUCGGCGACUUCGCGGCCACCAUCAAGCGGCUGACGAAAUCUUCGUCGCGCAUUGUCAGACUGCCGUCGAACCAGGACGAUCCGAAACAGCGCAAGCCCGUGAUCACGACGGCGGAGACGCAUAUCGGCUGGCGGCCGAAGUGGAGCGUCGCUAGAGGGUUGGCCGAGACGAUCGCGUAUUUUGAAAGGGAGCUGGCGGACGCGGGCGGGGAGAUCAUCCCGACGGGGCCGCGCGCGGCGAAGCCGCGGCCGCGCGCGUCGUCCUAGGAUCUCUGUCUAAGUAUAAAAACGUAGAC